AUGGGUGUGGGAGAGGAUAGGAUUAGUAAACUUCCUGAUCCAUUUGUUCAUCAUAUACUCUCAUUUCUUCCAACUAAAUGCGCAGUUUCCACUACCAUUUUAUCGAAAAGAUGGGAGAAUGUCUGGGUAUCUAUUCCGGUUCUUGAUUUUCUCGACAUGGGACCUCGUAGAAUCAUUUUAACAGGGGGGAGAGCUUAUGAUGAACAAGCCACUAUGUUGGAGACGUAUAAGUUCAUGGAUUUUAUGGAUAGAGUAUUGAUUCAACGCAAUAUGUUAAACAUAAAGAAGUUUUGUCUUAACUGUGAAAAUGGGUAUUUCGAUCGUAAGCGGGUGAAUUCAUGGAUCACGACGGCAAUGAAAUGUGAAGUUGAAGAGUUCAUUCUUUUUGGAGAACAAUAUUGGCUGGAGCUUCCGGACUCAAUUUCUCUUCCAAGACUUAAGAUCUUUCGGCUUACAGAGAUUAUAUUUGAUGAUGAGAAAUUGGCAAGGAAGCUCUUUUCUAGUUGCCCAGUACUUGAAGAAUUGUAUUUGACCAAUUGUGGCUGGGAGAAUUUUGAUUUCAUAAGUUUUUCAGCUCCUGCAUUGAAGUUCUUCACUCUAACUGGUGGUGGGAUUAGUAGAAUGGAAUAUGCCAGGAUCAAAGAUUGA